UUGAAAUCCACCGCUAGUGGCCGCCACGCUUCACGCGCUCAGAGUCUCAGCCGUGCACGCGCACAGAUGUGCUGUUGACCUGACGCCGCUUACUUCCGGUCAAGAUGGCGGCGCAGCGCAGUAGUCUGAUGCAGAGCCAUCAGAGCUGGACAGACGAUCUUCCUCUGUGUCAGCUGUGCGGCGUCGGAUCGGCCCCAAACUGUGUGUACAGCCCCGAUGGACAGGGGACCCAGAGCCAUCCGAACGAAGACGGACACUUCUGCUUCAGCACUGAGAGCUGCUUCCUCUACGGCGUGUUUAACGGCUUCGACGGCAGCCGCGUGGCCAGUUUCGUGUCUCAGCGUCUGACGGCGGAGCUGUUGCUGGGUCAGCUGAGCACCGGUCACACGGACGCAGACGUGGCCAGAAUCCUCUCACAGGCUUUUGAUGUUGUAGAGAAGAGCUACUUCGAGACCAUUGAUGAUGCUCUUGCAGAGAAAGCAAACCUCCAAACACAGCUUCCUGAGGGUAUCUAUCCGUCAGCUCAGACUCAGAAGAUUGCGGAGCGUCUCAAGACUUUAGAGCAGGAGGUUUCAGGAGGAGCCACUGCUAUAGUCGCUCUGAUACUCAAUGAUAAACUCUACAUCGCUAAUGUUGGAACCAACCGGGCUCUUCUCUGUAAGACCACCACUGACGGUCAGAACCAGGUGAUCCAGAUCGGACGAGCACACACACCCGACAACGAGGACGAGCUGUCCAGACUCGCCCAGCUGGGUCUGGAUCCAGUGCGCUUGAGGCAGACUGGACUGAUCUCAGGUCAGAGCAGCACUCGACGGAUCGGAGACUAUAAAGUCAAAUUCAACUACACAGACAUCGACGUACUCAGUGCUGCGAAGCAAAAGCCAAUCAUCUCGGAGCCUGAGAUCCACGGCGGCCAAUCACUGGAGGGCGUGAUGGGCUUCCUGUUGCUGAUGUCAGAGGGGCUGAUAAAAGCCCUGGAGUCGGCCCACGGACCGGAGCAGGUCAACCAGGAGAUAGUUGCCAUGGUAGCGGCGGAGCUGGCGCAGCAGAGCAGUCUGGAGGCGGCUGCGCAGUCGGUGGUGGAGCGCGUCAAGCGUCUGCAUCAUGAUGUUUACGUGAGCGGCAGACAGAGAGCAUCACACUGCAGCAGACAUGAAGACAUGACUCUUCUGAUCAGAGUCAUUAACUACACCCUCGCAGACGGCUCGCUCACACCCACACAAGGAGGACGGAUCUACCCGGUGUCUGUGCCGUACUCCAACCAUCAGAGCACCAGUAAGACCAGUGUGAUGCUGUCUCUGGUGAUGCCUGCGCAGGGGACGCUGACCAACGGCUCCAGCACUGCGUCCACGCUGGAGGGAGACACGCCGACCGCCGGUCCACUGACAGCCCUGAUUCCCCUGACCAUAGACACCUCACAGCCCAUCAGUGAGAGUCCUGGCCCCGCCCCUCCCUCUGACCCCGCCCCUCUGUGUGUCUGUGCUCCUCCCCUCAGUCAGAGUCCCACAGCGACGCUGCAGUCCAGCACCACACACACGCAGAGCUCCAGCUCCAGCUCUGGAGACGGCAGCUUGUUCCGGCAGAGAGGCAGUCAGGCGGCGCAGCCGGACGAGACGGGACCUGUGCCUCCAUACGUCGACUUCACACAGUUCUACCGGCUCUGGGGCUCCGACCACAGCGAGGGCCAGGGUCUGUCUGGAGAUCUGGGGCCGCAGUGAGGAUCGGGUGAAACACAACUUUAUUCCAUCUGUGAGCCGUUUGGCUUGUAAUCAUGGAGAGAGGAGCUCCACUGACUGUAUCGAAGGGAAACUCGUCAUGUUUAUAAGACUUCACACUCACGUUUCUUUCUUCCUGCUUCUGUGGAGUUUGACUUCUCUGUAAGACCAAAGUGAGGCCGAGCCUCUUUUAUACAUCUGUCUGUCUGUCUGUCUGUGUUUUCUGUGUCCUUUGAGUUUAUAGUGUCUUCCUUUAAUAAACAGCUCUCGUUUCAGCUUCA